AUGCCAACAACCUCUGAUAAACCAGUGGAUAUAACAAACUUAAAGCAACUGGGCAUUUUUCAAGGGAACAGUAGCUUUCGCAUUGUGCGAGCGAUAAUUUCAACAGUUAUAUUUACUUCUAUUAUUCUGAAUUCGGCAUUAGCCAAUUAUAUUUGUAUUUUUCUAACGAACAAACAGAGGUAUCAUUUAGAAAUGGAGAGGAAAAGGAAGCAUUCCUUGGGAAAAAAGGAGACUCAUGCUAAAAAAGAGAAACAAUCUGAAGAACACCUUGCAGGGUCAAAAGAGUAUGAGAGAUCUCCUGUACAUUCUCAGAGAAGUAGUAUUUGCAAUGAGCAGGAGACCGAUAGAGGCAGAGAACGCACAAGACAACGCUUCUCAAAGGAACACAGGGAACAAGCCCCAGAAAGAUACCAAUCCUCAAGUAAAGAUGAGGAGCAGGGCAGGCAGAAAAAGGCAAAGCUGUCCUUAUCUGGAAAGCUGGGUAGUCAAUCUUAUCAACAAUUUGACAGUAGGAAUAUGCCUGACAUGCAGAAGGUAUAUCUACCCAAAAAGCAUAGCUUGAAAAGAUCAAGGAAAUCUGAAGACGAGGACAAGCCGUGUAGCCUAAAAAAGCAAAAGUCCUCCUUUGGAAAACAAGGACAGGAGAAAAGUGUUGAGGAGAUAGGAGGAAGUGGACAAUCUAAGAAAUCGAAGAAGCACCCUGCUCUGUCGCUGGAUGGUUACCAAUUCCAUAGCACACUGGGGAAAGGCAACUUUGGAAAAGUGAUGCUGGCUUCCUAUAAGAGCACAAACAAACGUGUUGCUGUUAAAGUCAUCAAUAAAAAAAAGGAAAACCAGGCAUCCGUCCUGACAGAGAACCGGGUUUUGCAAAUGGCGGUUGGCAGCCCUUUCUUAUGCCAGGGAUUUGCUGCCUUCCAGUCCGAGAUGAAUUCUUUCCUAGUCAUGGAUUACAUACAAGGAGACACUCUUGAUGCUUUUAUGGCUAAAAAGGGCAGUUUAUCUGUAGAAGAAUCAAAAUUCAUCUCAGCGGAGCUUAUAUGUGGGCUACAAUAUCUACAUUCCCAUGGCAUUAUACAUCGUGAUCUGAAGCCAGAGAAUAUUCUUCUGACCAGAGAAGGCCAUGUGAAAAUAGCAGAUUUUGGCCUUGCAGCGGAGAACAUCCUGGGUGAUAAAAAGAUCAGGGAGAGAGUUGGAACACCUGUAAAUAUGGCACCAGAGGUACUCAUGAACAAGGAAUAUGGUGUGUCUGCAGAUUGGUGGGCCCUAGGUAUACUUCUUUUCCGGAUGCUUACUGGGAAAUUCCCCUUUAAUGACAAGGUCAAGCUAUUAACAUAUGUAAAGCAGGUGUUAAAAGCACCACCACGCUACCCUGCCUGGCUGAGCAGUGAAAUUAGAGACAUCCUGGAUAAGCUUCUAAAUAAGAACCCCAAGACACGCCUUGGAGUGAUUGGGAACAUCCGUGACCACCCUUUUUAUAGAGACAUUAACUGGGGAGAUCUAGAGGAGUGUAAAGUGAGCCCUCCAUUUCUGCCAUUUGCAACGUCCGAUCAUGAAACAAGCACAGUGGACUUUAAUCAAUCUUUCAUGAAGGAUAACAUCUCCUCAUGUGAUGACCAUCAUAUCAGUGGCCUGUCUUAUGUGAACUCUGAAUGGCAGGAAUAGAAGCAGAGUGCACCCUCUUGAAUACCACCAGUCAACAGAACAUCGACCGACCAGCAGAUAGCCUCUGCCACCGUCCCUGCUGUGUACCAACAAACAGACUAUCUUGUGCUACAUACUAUAAUAUUAUAACAGAAUAUUGCAGAAUGUAUUGGAGUUAUUGCUAAA